AUGGUCUUUGGGCUCAAACCUAAUUCUGAAAGAACAGUCUAUCGACAAGAAUGGCAGGAAGAUGACGGAGCAUACUUCCUCCUUACCAAGCGAGUUCGGGGCCAACCAUUGAGCGAAGCUUGGCCUAUCAUGUCAUGGGAGGACAAAGAAUGUGUCGCAAAGCAGACCGCUGAGUAUCUGAUGCAGCUUUGCCAACUUCGCUCAAAUCAGAUGGAAAGCGUCAGCGGACAGCCCAUCUAUUCAGCCUUUCUGUUUCUAAAUGGCUACGGCAUUGGGCAUGGACCGUUUUCGUCAGACGAUGAACUGUGGGCUGAGAUGUCACUGUCCUUGGCCCAAGUUCCGGAGCAAGUUCGUUCUAAAUCGCGUCAGCGGAUGCCAAGUGCGGCUCCAUAUACUUUCACUCAUGGCGACCUGACUAAUGUUAAUAUCAUCAUCGAGAACGGUAACUUGACGGGGAUUCUGGACUGGGAAUCCUCGGGCUAUUUUCCUGUUUGGUGGGAGUUUACUUGCGCAGGAAUCGGUCUAGGACAAGAGGAUAAAGAAUGGAAAGAGCUGCUAUGCAAGCACAUGCCUGAUCAUACUGAAGCUCGCAAUUUUUGGUUGGACUUCUUUGCAUUGCGCAAGUAUCCCAAGUUGGGUGAGAGGGGACCGAGAUUUCUCAAAGAGAGUGGUUUAAAUAUGCCAGAGAAAGAAGCAUGA